CAGGCGCGUUCGCUCCAGUUUGUCUGCACAUCUGCGUUUUGGUUGCGGCAGCGGAAGACGCAGCGCUCAUGUGACUUGUUCGGUGAAAACAGCAGUUGUUGUUUCACCGGCUGCGACGAGACAUGACAAUGUUUUACGGUCGUACAUGGUUUUAACAUUCAGCUCAAAGGGCCGCGCUGCCUCCACCGACUGUCUCCCGUCGAAACUCCUCGACGAGUCUCCUCUGUCCCUAUCAGACCCCUGGGCCGACAUCACAAGACAUCUUCACCUAUAACCUCGAAUUUAACAAUAUCCCCGAGAGAUGCCCUCAGCGAACUAUUGACUAUAGAGGAAAUUCCUCAGCACCGAGAUAACGAGAAAUUCGCCAAAAGCGACGGCCGGCUGUCUGAGCUCGUCCAAAGAAAACUUUUCUGAUUACUUAUGUCUGCAGCAGAUUUCCUGGACGUCAUGACUCACUGACGUCAGACAUUUACAGACUUGAUAUCUGCUGGGUCAUCCGGCUGUCAUGCCAGAAAAUGGCUUCUCCAUCAACGCAUCCCCCCCGGACGACGACGAGGCAAGCGAGCCCCUCGUCGAGAGCGACGCAGUUCCUCCUCAGUGCUGCUCGGCCCGGCUCAACCUCGCCGUCCUCAUGUUCCUCGGGUUCUCCGUGGUCUACGGUCUCCGGGUCAACCUCAGCGUCGCCAUGGUCGCCAUGGUGAACGCCACCGAGCCCGGCCCGGCCCAGAACCACUCCGUCGUCCGCGCGUGUCCGAUGCCGGCGGGGAUGGAGAACAACAGUGACACUUUCCCGGGACCUGAGGGGGUCCCUCAGUACCCGUGGGACUCGGAGACCCAGGGCUGGCUGCUGGGGGCCUUCUUCUUCGGCUACCUGUGCACGCAGAUCCCCGGAGGUUACCUGGCCGGUCACUACGGAGGGAGUGUCUUCCUGGGCGUGGGCGUGCUGGGCACGGCCGUCCUCACCCUCCUCACCCCUGUGGCAGCUCAGCUCGGCGUGUACUGGCUGUUUGCACUGCGAGCGCUCGAGGGCUUCGGCGAGGGUGUGACGUUCCCGGCCAUGAUGGCAUUGUGGGCUCGCUGGGCCCCCCCCAUGGAGCGCUCUCGCCUGAUGACCCUGUCGGGAUCCGGGGCCAACUUCGGCGCCUUCGUGGCUCUGCCGCUCACAGGCUACAUCUGCCAAACCCUGGGUUGGCCCGCCGUGUUCUACCUCUGUGGGGGCGCCGGCUGCCUCUGGGCCGUCUUCUGGUUUAUAUUCGUGUCGGAUGACCCCCGCACCCACCGUCGAAUCAGCGAAGAGGAGAGAGAUUACAUCGUAAACUCCAUCGGAUCUCAGGGCACAGGUCACGGCUGGUCCGUGCCCGUGCUGCCCAUGCUGCUGUCCGGCCCCCUGUGGGCGAUCAUCGUCACCCAGAUGUGCGCCAACUGGUCCUACUACACGCUGCUCACCUCGCUGCCCACCUACAUGAACAACAUCCUGCACUUUGACCUCAAGUCGAACGGCUUCCUGUCCGCUCUGCCGUACCUCGGUGCCUUGGUGGUCUCCACGCUGUCGGGCGUCGCAGCAGACAGCCUCAUCGAGAAGAGGGUGAUGAGCGUCACCGCCAUGCGCAAACUCUUCACAAUCACAGGUAUGAUGUUCCCCGCCGUCUUCCUCGUGGCUGUGGGCUACUCCGGCUGCAGCCACGUCCUCACCGUCACCUUCCUCACACUCUCCACGGCCACGGGUGGGACCACCGCCGCCGGAGUCUUCAUCAACCAGAUAGACAUCGCUCCCCGGUACGCAGGAUUUCUUCUGGGGAUCACCAACACGUUCGGGACCAUCCCCGGUGUCGUGGCACCGAUUGCUACAGGAUACUUCACAAAGGAUCAUACGCUGGCGGGCUGGAGGAUGGUGUUCUUGGUCGCGGCGGGGAUCAGCGCCGGCGGCGCUCUCGUCUACACCGUAUUUGGCAGCGCAAAGAUUCAGCCGUGGGCCGUCACCGAGGAGGAGAGGGCGGAGGCCGGGAAAAACAGGAGCAGAAGCAUUUCAACGUAAACACACAAAUGUCAGUUCAUCCAGAAGCACUUUGUGCAAAGGAAGACCAAGGUGAGCGGAUGAAAUGCAGCUUUAAAAGACAGAUACGAUACGAUAUUUUCAACCUAGUGGUUUCUGACUACAGAGAAAGAGACUCGCAGUUCUUACCUCUAUGAAUAAAUGUAUGAAUUAUACAAAUAUAUGCAGCAUUGACACAUUGUCAGUGUGGGAGGUUUAACUCCACAUAAAAGACAGAUAUCGGCAGGAAAACAACAUUGUUAGUUUAAACAUCGAACCAGGAUGUCUUGGUCAAGACAUAUUAGUUUCUACACUGUCUGCAGUUUUUUUUAUCUAUAAUAAUGUCUAAGAAAAGCUUUUAUAAUUAAUUUGUACAGUAAUUUCUGCAAAGACCUAAAAAUUAUGGGGCAGUUUUAUAUGUCAAAGUCACAUUUUAGCCAUGUUGUGAGUACUUGAAAGACAAAUGGACAGAUUUUACUAUUUGAACUGAUGUGAUUCAACACCUGCUGGACACUCACUGCCGUCGCCAAUCAAGAAACUAAUAAUUUUACUUUUGUUCUGUUUACAGUUGUAUAAAAAAUAAUAAGCUUAUUUUUAAAGGAACAGCUCCAAUGUUUAUAUAAUAUGAUAUGAAUGUGAUUCAAACGACGACGUCGCACCUCAGAUUAGACCAAACUUAAUCAAUCCAAUCUUUCUGAUCUUAUAAAAAUGUAGUUUUCUUGUCCUAUUAGUGUUUUACAGCUGUAUGGAUGUUGUUGUUUUUCUGCCUCUCCUAAACUGUCCAGUCGGACCGAGAGAAGCACAUUCCACAUACGAAAAGAAAUCAAAAGCCUUAUUUUUAAUAAGAGUGCCAAUAAUAUUGCAAAAUCAAGUUUUUUUAUUGAUUAUUUAAAAAGUGAUGCUUAUUUGUUUCAUUUGAAAAUACAAAUCACGUUCCACUGCCAGGAUGAGAACAUUUUUCAACAUUGAUUUGUUGGAUCACUAUCGUGUUUGUGUUAUUUUUCACUUUCUACAUCAAGAUGCUGCCUUUAUUGUUAAUUUCCACCGCCGCUAUAAUUAUUGUUUUUUUCAAGAAACAUAAACAGAAUGUUUAAAAAGAAGAAGAAAAAAUUGUAACUCUCACAAAAUUUCAAUUCACACUGUGACUGUAAAGAUGUGAUGUUUCUUAACGGAUGCAAUAAUUUAUUCAACCACCUCCGUGCUUUGAAAAUGUGCAACGUUUUACAGAUACAGCGGUGUUCAUGUUUUUUAUUUUAUUUUACUGUGCUCUUGGGAGAAAUCUGUGGCAUCUGAGCGGACGAGUACUGUGCGUCAACAACAUCACUGCAUUUCUCGCAAUGAUGUUGUGAAUCUCUCCGUCUCACUGCUGUGGAGAUGACAGGUGCGAGAUGUGUUCCUCUUGUUACUGAACCUGUCACGUUGUCGUGACGUCUCUUCUGCUGCUGCGUUCAGGUGUCACACAAGUUGCUUCUGUUUGAUUCUUGUGUGUCAUCGUGAUUAUAAAAUUGUACUGAAGUGAAGAGAUCAGCCAGGACUCUCGACCAGCCAUUUAUUUGGUCUUUUAUCUUGGAUUUUAUGUCUUCAUUUAACCAUAACAUGUGGUUCUUCUCAUCAUCUUAUUAUCAUGUACGUAUUCUCUUUCAAGUGGAGGCUAUACACGAGUUCUUCCACGGUUCUCCUAUAAAUCCUCCCUUUGAAUGAAGGUUUGACUACGUCUCCUUGGUAUCUUCGCGUGCAGCUACCGCACUUUAGAUCUGUGAUCCUCAUGCACAAAAGAAUGGCACAUCUGUUUAUAUUUUUUUGUUGUGGCUAAUGCUGUUCAUUCAAAUCUGUCUGCGGGGUUGUAAAUAUCUUUGGGUAAAACACACGGAUUGUUCUCUUGUCUUUGUUUGAUUUCCUAUUUGCCGGCUGUUUUGAUAUUUUCAUGAACCUGUCCUCAGCACAUCAAACAGGUGCAUUAAGAGGGAAUCAUUAAAUAACUUGAUAUAAAGAAAGGAGACGAAAUAUGUACGACUUGGUAAAAGAAAAUUUGCUUUUCAUUUGGAAGUACAAUGAAAUCUAUCUUUGAAGUGCAUCAACUCCUAUUUAAAUACCAAUGUUUUUUUUGUUUUUUUUAAGUAACAUGUAUAUGGUUUAUCUGACAGGAAUCAAAAAUAUACACAAUAAACGUUUUAAUAUCA